UUCACUCCGGACCGGUUAAGCGGGGAGGCGGUGUGAUGCAGCAGAUGUAAACAGAUCAGGGCUGUUUUGGUUUCGGUUCUGGAGGUUCUGCAGGUUUUUGCUGGGUCAUGGCGGGGCUGGAGGUUCUGUACAGCGGGGUUUUGGGCUCUGUUAGCUGCGCUCAGGACGCGGCGGUGUGUUUUGUUCACUGGGAGAUUAUUAAAAGCGGGUUUAAGUGUUUAGGGACUGGAGAUCAGCCUCGAGAUGGAGAGAAGAAAUCCGAGUUGCUUCCUGCAGCCUGGAACGCCAGCAAAGAGCUGUACACCCUGCGCUACAGAUCCAGCGAUGAUAAAUCUAACCUGCUCCUGAAGGCCAUCACUGUGGAUUCCACCCUGAUCUUCAACUUCAUGGACUCCGCUACAGACAGAGUAACAGACCUGACCAUCACUGUUUCUGAUUAUGUAGAUGAGAACAGUCUGCAGACGUUUGACAGUGUGUUUAAGAACACAGAAGAUCUGGUGAAGAAGCUGAAGUCCUCACUGCUGCCUGCAGCAAAAACAGAGAAGAAAGAGAAGAGAGAAAGACCUCCAGCUGCAGACACCCGACCCAAUCCCGACCACGACCCUCUCCGCAUCCCCUCCAGAGUUCCCCCCACCGCUCGCCCCCCAAACUGGACAGACCCGAUGGCUCCGUUCGCUGCAGGAGGAGCAGACCUCGAUCCAUUCGGUGGGAGAGCAGGAGGGAUGAUCGUGGAUCCGUUAAGAGCCGGAUUCCCUCGUUCUGGAUUUGAUCCGACAGGAGGAAUACCCGGAGUCCUCCCACCCGGCGCCGUGCCCCCCGGUGCCCGCUUCGACCCGUUCGGACCCGUCGGGAGACACAGACCCGGGCCAGACCCGGAUCAUCUGCCUCCCCCCGGAUACGACGACAUGUUCAUGUAGAAGAUCCUGAGGUUCUGCUGGAGGUUCUGCUGGAGGUUCUGUGUGUGAUGAACUGAUGAUGGUGUUUCUGUGUGUUUGGAUGGCAGAGUGAAGCCGUGUUUUAUAUUCCAGACUAAGGUUCUUGCUUUGAGAGAAGAUUAAUGACUGUAAUUAAUGAUUGCAGGUUUUCGACGCUGAUUUAUCCCCUAAUUUAGGAUUCGCUGGUUUGAUCCUGUUGCUAUUGACUCGUUCCUGAUGGGCACAAUAAACUACUUUUUUUGUUGAAUAAACAAAUAAAUAAAUAACAGAACUGA